AUGUUGUCCGACUUUGAUAUCGACUCUUUGUUGGGUACUAGCAAUAAGCAAGUGGUUGAAUCCACUCUUAUACCAAGUACUGAUGAUAAUGAUGGUUGUCGUUUGUAUGGAGCGAGGGAAGAUAAUCAUGAGACUACGAGUCUAGAGAGUAGUAAUAAUGAUGGUCUUAUUAUGGCUAGUGAUGAUGAUGAUGUUGGUUAUGAUGGUUGUGUAAUACCAGAAACAGUAUAUCCAGUAUUAGAGAAUGUUAUUGCAUCAGUCGAACUUGGUAUAAUAAAUAGUACUCAUUCUACUACUACUACUGGUGGGUCGUCAUCGUCAUCGAGUCAUCUUAUUGAUUUGAAGAAAGUUGCAUUUAAAGCACGUAAUGCUGAAUAUAAUCCUCGUAAGGUUAAUGCAGUAGUAAUAAGAUUUAGAGAUCCAAAAGCAACUGCAAUGUUAUAUGGUACUGGUAAGGUUAUGGUUACUGGUAGUAAUUCUGAAGAAACUGCAAAGGAUGCAGCAAAGAAGGUUGCUAAAAUAGUUAUAAAAAGUGGUGCUUAUCCUCAAGCUAGAUUUAGAAGAUUUAAAAUAGAGAAUAUGGUAGCAUCAGCAGAUGUUAGAUUCCCAAUACGUUUAGAGGCAUUAGCCUAUGAGCAUCGAUCCUAUUGUAGUUAUGAACCAGAACUAUAUCCUGGUCUGGUAUUCCGAUUAUUUGAACCUAAAGUUGCAUUAUUAAUAUUUGUAUCUGGAAAAAUAGUAUUUACUGGUGCUAAGAAUAGAGAUGAUAUUACUAAUGCCUUUCGUAAUAUAUACCCAUUACUACUCAAAUAUCAGAAUUGA